GCACUGCUCGGAGAAACACACCCGUUCCGUGGGCACAAUGAAGGCUUUUGCGAAAAAUAGUUCCAAAAUGAAUUUUUCCCCGUUUGGAACGCACUUUCCCGGAACGAUUCCGGGAAUUCAUCAGUUCGCGAGUGGAGGGCUGGUCACCAGUGUCCCCUCGACUUCGCACGAUACCAGCAAUCGAUAUCACGCCAUUAACUCGAACGUCAACAUGGCCCAUUUCAACCAGUCCCACGCGCCCAUCCUAGGAAAAUUCCGCCCAGAGGAUACAAGCAGCGUGGUGAACUCGAACAAAUAUAACGGUCAACACGGUACUACUAUUGUUCCGUCCACCACCACCAGCGGACAGUAUACGAUCCCAUACAGUCAGCAUUCGGAUGUGAUCGACCAUAAGCAACGUAACAUGUAUCCACAGUCAUCGAUUUCAGGCAGCACGGCCGGUUCGGCUCAACCAUCUCAGGAAAUAUCCCAAGACAUCAGUGCACUGCUUCAGCAAGCGGACAGCAAGCGGGUCCUUCAGAACUCGAGCUGGCAAUCACUCGCCCCAGGUGCAUCCGUAGCGGACUACCUCUCUCAUCUUCCGGGAACCGCCCUUCCCCUGUCGCUUCAUCACUUUUUGAAAUACUCUGCGGAGAACAUCAAAAAGGAAACGCAAAAUCCUCUCUCCACCAUCGACAUGUCACAAGCUCAGGCACAGAAUGUAAACGCGGGCAACCAACACUCGAAUGGAAUGAUUCUGCCAGCUUCGCAAGCGAUCGCCAGCAUCCUGGGUCAUCAGAACCAAACCGGGCAGCCACAGCAGCAACAGCAGCUGCAUAAUCAACAAGGCCCUGCUACCAGCACCGGAACGGUCAACGGAGCCACCACCACCAAUGGCACCGGUGGAAUCGAAAAGAAGAAAAAGAAGAAGAAGAAAAAGCCACCAAAGGAGCGAAAACCUCGUCCAAAACCGGGAGAAAUCCAAGUCCGAACGGCACUGGACGGUAGCCCGCUGUUCCUAUGUCCCGAAUGCCAGAUGGCCUACCCGGAACGGGAGCUACUGGAACAGCAUCUGAUCGGACACAACCUGGAACGUAGAUUCAUUUGCGAUAUUUGCAACGCCGCGCUCAAACGAAAGGACCACCUGACACGCCACAAACAGAGCCACAAUCCGGAGCGGCCGUUUGUUUGCACCAUUUGUUUGAAGGCGUUCAAACGCAAGGAGCAGUUAACUCUUCAUAUCGUCAUCCAUUCUGGAGAGAAAAGACAUAUCUGUCAGGAGUGUGGGAAAGGUUUCUACCGCAAAGAUCACCUACGCAAGCACACCCGUUCGCACAUUGCUCGCCGUUUGAAGGCCGAACUUCAAGCACAACAAGGCGGCACCGAAAACGGUUCAUCGGGAGGAUCGUCUCGCGGUAACAAAAACAGCAACAACAACAACAAUCAACAAAACACAGCUCAACAACAUCUGCAACAGCAGCAGCAGCAACAACAACAACAACCUCCUCCGCAAACACAAAUUCAACUGCAGCCGCAGGCCACGAAUCAACCACCUCAAUUACAGCCUCCUCAGUACCAUCCGAUUCCGCCGGCUGCGCAAAUGAUGUCCUAGAAAGGCGCUGAACAAGCUUCUAUUCUAAAUGAUUAAUUUGGGUUCUAGUCGCGGAAAUCUCUUGAUCGGAAUUAUACACUAUUGGUCGUAUUGAUUAUAUUAUUAUAAACCGGAUAAGUAUGAAACACAAAUUGGAAUUUCUGUCGCUGCUGUUCAGCAAACUUACAUUAUAAUAGUCGAAUCAAGUUGAUAGGUUUCGUGCGAUUGUCGUGUUUUAAGUAGGAAUCACUCUCUGUCUUGUAUUUAGCAGUAUCGAUAAUAUGGUAUGGCAUGAAAUUAGGCGUAGGAUGUUUGUGCAAUUUCUAGACGUUACCUUCUGUUUGUUUGUAUUCCAACUAUUCAGUUUUGUUUCAGUUCCUUAGUUGUGAUCUAGUCAAAAUUGUAUAUCCAAAUUUAUAGGACGAUGUUGAGGUUUAGCUGAAGCAAAUAUAUGUAUGUUUUCGAGCGCGCAAAUGUUCAGUUCAUAGUUUAAACGUUUACUUUUAGCAGACUUUUUAAGUUUUAAGGCAUUAUUGCACUUAUACGAAUACAUAAACUUAUGAACACUGACCUAAUAUUUAAACUGAUAAGAAUGUAAGAUGUAAGCCAUCAAUAAUUAAAAAAAAUAUACGCAACAAUGGAAA